AUGGCACCACAACCCCCUCUCCGAAUUUCUGCUUCUGCCGCCGUGAAGACCAGGGGCCAGGAGCUUAACCGCACCAUCGUAAUGCACACCGAUGCCGUCCAGGCCGCCGGUUUCCUGGAUCUGGAUGUGCGGCGGUUGGGUGUCGACAUGAUGAGCCUGUCGGGGCACAAGUUCUACGGGCCCAAGGGCGUUGGUGUACUGUUCCUGCGGCGUGGUGUGCCUUUCCUCCCGCUCAUUACCGGCGGCGGACAGGAUCGGUGA